AUGAAUUUACUUAAGAUAUUAGAUGGCACACCAGAGCCACCUAUUAUUGAUUUAGAUUUAGGAGAAAUAAAUUAUAGUGGUGAUUAUCAUUUGCCAACACCAAUGUAUGAAUUUCAAAAGGAAUUAACUGACCAGAUUGUAUCUUUGCAUUAUCCGGAUAUCUUGAAAUAUUGUGAAACAAAUGAUUCUCGCGAUCUUAUUGUUAAGUCUUUAGAAAUCUGUAUUGAAAAUUGUAUGUUGGUUGCGACACACCCUUACUUAUUGAUUAAUCACUAUAUGCCCAAGAAUCUUUCAAUGAAAGACAUGCCAAAUAAGCUUGCAGACACAAGUGGGAAGUUUACUGUUUUGAAAGAUUUGAUGAAUGUAAUAAUUCAGAAUACAAAGCAGAGACCAAAACAUAUUGGAGUAGUAAUGAAGAACAGUUUGAAAUUUUUUGAUUUGGUAGAAGCUUUAUUGUUACGAUGUACGGGAAAUAAAAUAAUCAAAAGAUAUAUUGGGAACAAUGUUCAAAGAGAAUCCAAGAAAAACAGCAAAAGCGGAACUCCGCUGGAUCUUUCAGGGAGUCCAACUACAAUUCAUUUACUCCCCCAUGACGGUCAAUUUCAACGUGAUGAAGAAGGUAUACCCUCAAUACGGUUUGACGCGCUUAUUGUGUUUGACGGAUAUGUAGAUACGGAGACAGAAUUCUUCCAAAAGAUACGGACUCAGAAUCGUCGCUCCGAAUGUAUUAUAAUCCGACUUGUUCCAAUGAAAACUAUUGAACAUUGCAAGCUUUUUUACAAUAAGGAAACCGACAAAGAGGACUACCUUUAUAAACUAAUUUCAUCAAUUGUCUGUUUGCGGGACCAUAUUGGUACAUUACCACCAGAUGUGUUUCCCAUAUAUAAUCAAAAAUUAACAUAUCUUUCCCACAAAUUUUUUGAUGAAGUAUUUAAAUCCAGUGUACGGACUGGUGAUUUUCCCGGUUGGCCCUUACCUGCGUUGCCAAGAAUCCCAAAGUUUACCGCAAUAGACGUUGAACGUUCUCUUUUGACAGAAGUUCGUUUCCAUUAUACGCCUUACGACGCUAUUGGAACAAUUAGUGGAGAUCAACUUAAAUCGAAGCAAGAAGUUAAACCUACUUUUUAUGAAACUAGGAGGCUCGAGCUGGAGUAUAUUACCAAUCCUUUAAAGAAUUCUUAUACCAAGUUAACCGGGAUUCAUUCAGGUGAAGGUGAAGAACAUCCAAGCACGGUAAACACAAGUAUACUAACACAUAAAUUGAUUCUUCAGUUGAAUGAUGCGUUUUUAUGUAUGGACAGAGCCGAGGCAGAAGAUCAAAGCUAUGUAAAAUUUAAUGAACAUGAGAUACAAGAAAAAGCAGGGCGUAGAGAGCGGGAGAUGAGAAUUGCCGUAUCAAAGAUCUUUAACGAUAUCGACCAUGCUGAAUCACGAGUGAACAGUGCUAAUAAGUGGAUCAUCAAGAAGACCGAGCAUAUGGAAAAAACUAAAGAGAAAUGUAAGGAUCUAGAGUCCAAGAUUGCCAACUUUUUAGAAGAAAACAAGAUUGAAGAUGAAAAGACUCAGCAGUAUAUUAAAAAUCAAGUAGAGAUUUGGGAAUUGCAAACACAAACUAAAGAUCUUAUCAAGAAGAUACAAUCGAAGAACGAAGAAAGGAAUUACGCAACUAAAGAGUAUCAGAAUUGCUUACGCUCUAUCGCAAUUUCCGAGACAGAAAUUGAAGAAUAUAAAAAUAGGAUAAAUGAAUCAAAGAGAAAAUAUGCAGAAUUGGAAGAAUCCGAAGAGCAAGAAACCCGAGCAUUCAACCAGAAGAAGCAAAAGCUCAUAGACCAAAUCGAGGAACAAAAGAGGCAAAAUGAAUCGUUGAGAUCUAGAUUGAACCAUUCAUUCAAGUUUUUACGAGAUACAUCUCAUUUGAAAAAACGUAAAGGGAGAGGUGGAACUCCUAAUAAAUAG